UCCAUCGAGCAACUAUGAAAUGCCGAAUUCCUGAGAGUUUGCGGGCGAAGCGCAGAAUGUGAAGCGCUGGGGUGGUGAGCACUUGCUUGGUUAACGUAGAAGUGUCAAUAUGUCUGUCUGGGGAGGUGGUAACAAAUGCACUGCCUGCAAGCAGAACGUGUACCAUGCUGAGGAGGUGCAGUGCGAUGGGAAGAGCUUUCACAAGUGCUGUUUCCUGUGCAUGGUCUGUCGCAAAUGCCUAGACAGCACUACUUUGGCCAUUCACGAUGAUGAGAUUUACUGCAAGUCCUGCUACGGGAAGAAGUACGGGCCAAAGGGCUAUGGCUACGGCCAGGGAGCAGGAACCCUCAACAUGGACAAAGGAGAGAGACUGGGCAUCAAACAUGAGGGAGCGCAGAGUCACAAGCCGACCACAAACCCCAACACUUCCAAGUUUGCCCAGAAGUUCGGUGGGGCUGAGAAGUGCCCCAGGUGUGGAGAUUCUGUGUAUGCUGCUGAGAAGAUAGUUGGGGCAGGAAAGCCCUGGCACAAGAACUGCUUCAGAUGUGCUAAGUGUGGAAAGAGUUUGGAGUCCACCACCCAGACUGAGAAGGAGGGAGAGAUCUACUGCAAGGCUUGUUACGCUAAGAAUUUCGGCCCCAAAGGAUUUGGAUAUGGCCAGGGUGCCGGAGCCCUCAUCCACAGCCAGUGAGGGAGCUACAAACCCUGCUCUCUUGGAACACGCGUAGCAGAGAUGAAAAUAGCAGCUCUGUAUGUUCUUCAAAUUCUGCUAUGAAAACAUUUGUGCCAUUUUGUUACGUUGUUGCUAACAGAUGUUUGCUUCCUCAGAGUAUCUGCCUUUUACACAGGUGAACAUGAAAUGGCUGUUGGCAUCUUAUUUUCCAUUGUACCGUAAUAAAUGAAAUAAAUAAAAUUGUAUACAUUUUCAAAAA